CGUUGUGGGUAGUUUUGCAUAAAGAAAAUUCCAAUUCGGUGGCUCGCUAUCAAGUCUGCUGUGAGAGCUCAAUCGAUCCCCACAAAUCGAUCCCCACAAUUUUCUCCUCUGGCAGUUUAAAUUUCUAUAACUUGGUGGAAAUCAGCUUUGGUGUCAAGCAUGGAAGAUCGCAAGGAGCCGGAGAAAAAUGGAGGGUGGGUAUCAGUGCCACAAUUCGGUGAGUGGGAGCAGAAAGGGCAGGUGCCGGAUUACUCACUAGACUUCUCAAAGAUAAGGGAAAUGCGGAAGCAAAACAAGAGGGAAGUUUCAAGAGCCAGUCUUGGAAAUGAAGAUGAAUUCAUUAACCCUACUGUUUCAACUGCCCCUACCGCUGAUCAUCACUCCCCAACUACGAAGAGGGGAAUCUUCAGCUGCUUCAACUGCUGCAUCAAGGCCUGAACCUGAUGAAUCGAAAGAGCAAUCUCUUCUUUUAUUUGUAUUUGAUCCUAAUAUAUGUUUAUUAAAUUUGGUGAUUAAUGUAUGCAACUCAGUCAUUUGUUCUGCUGCUGAUAAUUUGGAAUUACAUAUACAAUGGAUAAGUUAAGGGAGGUAGUUCAACUCCAA